GAUCUGCUCCGGCCGCUGGCGAAGGCCUAUGGUCGUUUCAAGGACAUCGCGACCGUUCCGGUUUUGAAGAUUGUCUUUCAGGAACUGAAAGGCAAGCUGGUGGUGAAGCUGAAGCAACAGCUUCGUGCAAGAAUGAAGGUUCAUCAGCAGGGCUCACUGUCGAAAUCUUACGAGAUAUCAGAUGAUGAAUGUGAAUGUGUUGAUGCAAAGCCGUCUGUAGACUCUCCGGUGGCAACCUCGCCACCAGCACUGCCGUCGCCCUCAUCUUCCAAGCCUCAGGUCGACAUGAACAGUAGCUCUUCCCAGCUGCUGCUUACCCGCACUGCCCAGCUUCAGUUGGCCCACUCCAAGAAGAUGCCAGGUCGUGGCAAACGGGUUCGACGAGAGUGCUUGAGUAAGUGCUCUUUGGCUAUUGCACGGCAGCGAUCGAAGAACAAGCUGGAGCCCAAGAAACGAAAAGCUGAACCCCCCAAAGAAGCAACGAACAAGAAGCCCAAAGGCAAGGGUAAAGCCAAGGCCUCUCCCAAGGCCUCUUCCAAGGCCUUUCCCAAGGCUACUCCCAAAGCAAAGGCCAGAUCGAAGGCAGCAGCCAAGUGUAAGGCAAAGGCCAAGGCGAAGCCGACCCGCAAGAUUGGUUUGCCUGGGGAUGCAGAGAUUCGGAGCUAUCACGACCUCACGAGGAAGUUUCGGCAGACUCGUGAAGGCGAAUCUUUUGGUGAGGUUGCGAAGGAUCAGCGACCCCUGCUGAGGGAGAAGAUCCAUGUUUCCAAGAAGCUCCUCUGCUUGCUUUAA